AUGGAUCAGGUAAUGCAGUUUGUUGUGCCAAGUCAGCACUUCAUAAAGGACUCAAUUCCACUGGUUAAAAGAUGCACCAAAGCUGAUAGAAAAGGGCUCCAGAAGAUUGCCAUGGCUACAGCCAUCCGAGUUGCUAUCACGGGAUUCAUUGGCUUCUUUGUGAAAUGGAUCCAUAUCCCUAUUAAUAACAUUGUGGGGGCUGAGUGCUUUCCCUUCAUGGGAACUAGAGAACAAAGGAGGGUGUGA